AGCCGAUAGUCAACAGCUGCGGCGAUUAAACUCUGAGCUUAUCUUCGUAAUUACAGUUUUUAAAUGUAAUUAUUCAAGUCGGAGACAUUUGGUGUUUGUGUUCUCUUCACUAAAACAUGAAGUGACUCUCAGGGCGGCUGUUUAUCAGGUUUUCUAAAAGAUCCAGUCCGACCCGGCCCCGAGAGAGCCUCAGUCUGACCCGGCCCUCGUGGACCUUAAGAAGCAUGGAGAAGUUCGGGAUGAGUUUUGGGGGCGGCCCCAGCAGGAAGGAUUUGCUGGACACCAUCGAGUCUCAGAAGAAGCAGCUGGUCCAGUACCAGACCCGCUUCAAGGACGUGGUCCAGGCCUAUAAGAGUCUCCUGAAGGAGAAGGAGGCUCUGGAGGCCAGUCUUAAGGUCCUGACGGUGACCCAGGAGGUGGACCUGAACCAGGAAGGUCAGGACACCUUCACCACUGCCGCUGCCGCUGCAGGGGAGCUCCCAGAGGACGGCUGCUCGCUGCAUAGCGAGGACAGUGUGGAUACUGCAGCAUCUGUGGACACGCCCAGCGAGACCACAAGAGGGGACCAAAGUGAGGACGACCAAGGAGAACCAGGAGGGAGAUCCAGCUCUACGCUCCUGAGGUCUGACCCUGACACCACUGGUUCAGAGAACUGCAGCACAGGGGUGGAGCAGCAGCAGCAGGCCGCACCUCAUCCCAGUUUGGAGGCGGAACGUCGAGUCACCCAGUUGAAGGGCCAACUGAGCACGCUCACUAGCGCCCUGGCCACGGUGACGCAGGAGAAGUCCCGGAUGGAGGCGAGUUUCCAGGCCGACAAGCGUCAGCUGAAGCAGGAGAUGGAGGAACUCCAGGAGUGCCUGGUCGCCAUGACGGCGCAGCAGGAGGCUGAGCUGCACAGUCUGCAGCAGCAGCUGGCUGAGAGCCGUGCUCGCAUCAUCACGCAGCAGCACGAGAGGGAGCAGGAGCAGGUAGACCACGUCCAGCAGCUGAGGGAGCUGCAGAAGAUCUUGCAGCAGGAGAGAGAUCUGCGACAGGAUGCAGAGCUCCGCCUACAGGAAGUCAAUGCCACGCUCCUCAUGACAUCACAGGCUGUGGACCGGGGGGCAGAGUCUCAGGCCCACCUCAACAAGACGAGGGAGGAGCGAGACGAGCUGAGGAAGAGGCUGCAGGCCGCAGAGGAGGACCAGAAGAAACCAGAUCCCAGAGUCGACGAAUUGCAGCAGGAGCUUACGCAGCUGAAAAAUCACUUCCAGCAGCAGAUCCACAUUGAGACCAAGAAGGCUUGUGAUGCAGAGGAGCGUGCACGUGAGCGUGCUCAGGCUGCAGAGCUGAGGGUUUCCGGUCUGGAGCAGCGGGUCUCUGAACUGUCUGAGGUUCUGGGUUCCUGUGAGAAGACGAGGCAGAGAGACCAGCAAACGGCUCAGAGGCUCAGAGACCGGAUCCUGCAGCUCGACACUGAGAACAAAACACUUGCAAUCGCCGCCUCCAGCAGGACGGCCUCUGACCUGAUCGUGGACGAGUCGCAGCUGGACGUCGGCUUGCUGAAGGAGAAGCUGGAGAAGGUGAGGAAGCUGCUGCUGCUCGCUGCUCAGAGGAACCCGGACCAAAACAUCCAGAACCUGGCGGAGACCGAGGUGGAGACAAGCGGAGACAAACGCUCGGUGCUUUUCUACCAGCAGGAGCUGCGGCAAGUCAAAGACGAGUUUGAGCGCUACAAGCUGCGAGCGCAGGUGGUCCUGAAGAACAAGAAUGCCAAAGAUGGCUGCCAGGCAAAGGAGCUAGAGGAGAUCCGGGAUCAGCUGGCCGAGCUGAAGGAGAAGUACAUCAACCUGCGGAUCCAGGGUGAUGAGGCCGAGGCCCGACACCACCGUGAGCUGGAAGAGCGGCAGCAGCAGGCGGCGGCACUGCAGCAAACGCACAAACAGGAAUUGGAGCGGAUGGAGGCGCUGCACCGCGACAACCUGCUGCGACUGGAGGCAGAGCUUCACAAACAGAGAGAGAGAACCAUGGCACUGCUGGAUGAGAAGGACCAGGAGCUGGAGAGGCUGCGAGCCACCACCCUCAGCUACAACAAUGACACUGACAAGAUGGCCGCUGCCGACAGCUACUCCCCGCAGAGCGAGGGUGACAUCAUCAGCCAGGCCCUGCGUCGGGCCAUGCCCAACGAGCCCACGCUACUGCUGUAUGCCGAGCAGCUGGCCAGGAAGGAGGUGGAAGUGGGCGGACUGCGGCGGCAAAAACAUCGGCUAGAGGACGACAUCCAUCAGCUACAGGCAAAGCUCAUCGCUAAUGGAGAGCGCCACGACGAGGAGAUGACGCAGCUGCGGGGACAACUGGACAAACUGGUGCGAGACCGGAGCAGAGAAGGUGCCAACAUGGAAUACCUGAAGAAUGUCAUCUACAAGUUCCUGACACUGCAAGACACUAGCGGGAGGCAGCAGACACUCACUGCCAUCCUGACCAUCCUCCACUUCAGCCCGCAAGAGAAACACAGCGUGAUGAAGCUGCAGGCGGCGAGCUGGUGGAGCGCCAGCAAAAGAUGAGAAACACAUGAAGAACAAACUGUUGUGUUAGUGAGAUGAUCAAACCUCAGACUGGUAUGAAAUAUAUUAAAGGGAUAGUUUGUGUUUUUUGAGUGGGGUCAUAUAAAGUCCAUAUCUAUACUCGAUCUGUUCCCUACCAUAAUCACCG